GGCAGUGGGUGGAUCCAGAUGAAAGGGCUAGGGUGAAUCCUGAGAGGUCCAUCCUGUUUGGGAAAGUGGAUGUGGGUGGGUCUCAGUGGAUGCAUCCCAUCUGGGGGAAGGGUAGAUCCUGAUGGAGACCAAGAGACCUGGACACGCAGUUCUGAGGAGGAGGCUGGCUGGGCAAGCCCUGGAUCUAGAGGAUUUAGGGUCAGCCCAGGUGGCUGUGCCAGGCACCCAAGUGGCAGGAGUUGCAGCCUUACCUUCCUAGCUCGAAGAUGCUAGAGCCCAUCUCUGGUCCCUGCUUGCAGCUGCUGAAGGCAGCUUGGCCGAGGGCCCUGCCCAGUACCCAGUUGCAACUGGUGGCAGAGGGCGAGAUGAGAGAACAGAGGCUGAAGCUCUCCUUUUCAUUGCCACUUUGCCUUGGCAGCUUGGUGUCCCCCUCCCUGAAUGCCCAUGAUGGAGAAAUACCAUGUCCUGGAAAUGAUCGGUGAAGGCUCCUUCGGGCGAGUGUACAAGGGCCGCCGGAAAUACAGUGCCCAGGUGGUGGCCUUGAAGUUCAUUCCCAAGGUGGGGCGGUCAGAGAAGGAGCUGAAGAACCUGCAGCGGGAAAUUGAGAUCAUGAGAGGCCUCCAUCACCCCAACAUCAUCCAGAUGCUUGACAGCUUUGAGACCGACAAGGAGGUAGUGGUGGUGACUGACUAUGCAGAGGGGGAGCUCUUCCAGAUCCUGGAGGACGAUGGGAGUCUGCCUGAGGACCAGGUCCAGACCAUAGCUGCCCAGUUGGUCUCUGCUCUCUAUUACCUGCAUUCCCACCGUAUCCUGCACCGCGACAUGAAACCCCAGAACAUCCUGCUGGGAAAAGGCGGCGUCAUCAAGCUCUGCGACUUCGGUUUUGCCCGUGCCAUGAGCAUCCACACCAUGGUGCUGACCUCCAUCAAGGGCACCCCCCUGUACAUGUCUCCUGAGCUGGUGGAGGAGCGGCCGUAUGACCACACAGCCGACCUGUGGUCCGUGGGCUGCAUCCUGUAUGAGCUGUUCGUGGGCACCCCUCCCUUCUACACCAGCAGCAUCUUCCAGCUUGUCAGCCUCAUCGUCAAGGACCCGGUCAAAUGGCCCAAAGCCAUAAGUCCAGUCUUCAAGAGCUUCCUGCAGGGACUGCUGAUGAAGGAUCCUCGCCAGCGCCUGUCAUGGCCAGAGCUGCUCUCUCACCCCUUCAUUGCCGGACGGGUCACUGUGAUUGAUGACACAGAAGAGCAUGGGAUCUCAAACCCCUUCACCAGCAAGCUGUCCCCAGAGCUGCAGGCCCUGAAGGAGCAACAAGCCCAUUCCCUGGCUCCCAGGAGUGGCCAGUCCAGGAUCCUGAGAAAGGCCCGGCAGAAGAUGGCUGAGGAGGCCCGGAAAAAGGGACAGUUGAAGACGGACACUGCAUCUAUGAAGGACCCUGGCAAAGGAUGCCCAGGGCGUAAACCCAGAGCAGCUCCUGGGAAGGCAGCUCUUGGGGAAGGAGAGCCACCAGCUGCUGCCAAAGAGAAAAACCCAGGCAUCCUGCAAGGAGGGAGCAGCGUGGCAGAGUGGGAGCUGGAGGAGCCUCCUCCAAGCGCAAGGGAGCACAGCAUCACUCGAGACUAUGAGCAGGAGUUUCCUGGACCAGGGACCUUUCUGGAGCCUGGCCCUGUCAGGGCAGAGCCCCGGGGCAGACACAGCAUUGAGGCUGUGGAUCUGGAGAGCGAGGAGCUGGAAAGUGAUGAGGAGUGGCAGCAUCUGAUCGAGGCCACAGAGCCUUCAGCCAUGCAGCUGAGCGCGCCACUGAGCCUCCUGAGGGACUCGGCCUUCCGGCAGCGCGUCCGGGCCCGCCUUGCAGACUCCAGCCAGCAGGUGCUAGAAGGGAUGCUGGAGGGAGCCUCCCAUCUCCGUCCUGCACUCCGUGUCGUGGGCAACCUCCUGGCUACCCAGUGUGACUCGGAGCUUCUGGACCACUUUUGCCGAGAACUGGAUAUGCCUCUGUCCCUCCUGUGUUUAGCCAAGCAGAUCCUGGAGAGUGGUAACACCAAGCAGCAGCCCUGGUGUAUUGUGGUGCUGGCGGACCUCAUCAUGGUGACCACAGCUUAUUUCAGCAGUGAGUGCGGCCUGCAGCAGAAGGGCAGCUUGCAGGCCUUCCAGGAGAGUGCCGGCCACUUCCUAGCCCUGCUGCCGGAGCUGCUGGCCCAGUCGGCUGACAGCGAGAUGAGACUUUGCCAGCAAAGCCUCCUGUGCUUCACUCUGCUCUGUGAGAGCUUGGAUGCGAGGUGCCCCUCUGUCUCUGCCCCCUUUUAUGCCAGCCUGAGAGAGAAGCAUCAGCCCGUACUGAAUGGACUCCUCCAGGGAUCCACCUUGGAGCAGCCUGCUCUGCAAGGUGCAGUGAUGGAGGCCAAAUCAGCCCAUGACCAGAGCCAGCAUGUGGCAGAUCUCUUUACGGCCGCACUGGCUGCUGCCUGCAGCAUCCCCCUGGGGAGGAACGGGUGUCGGGAAGCCAAGCAGCAGGUCGCUCAGGAGGUGGCUGAGAAGCUCAUGGAGGGAGAGAGCCAGCAGCUUCGGAGGCUGCUGGGGAAACUGAAGCAUCCAAGCUGCUCCCUGAAUGUGCUCAAGAUCCUCUAUGCCGGCUGCCAUGCCAGCCCGAGCCUGUGCCAGCACCUGGGAAGGAGCCAGCGAAUGUGGGGUUCCCUCAUGCAGCUCUUAAAGGGCAAGGUCCCCAUGGUGGAUGUGGCACAGGGGGCAGCCUGCGAGGCCUCUAUGCACCUGGUGGCCCUUCUCAUCCUGCAGCUCCAGGGGUCCCUUCCCAGGCUCGAGGAGGUGGUUAUUUUGGCCAUGGAUAUUAUUACCCGGUCUCCUGUUGUCUCUCUUGUGGGUGCCGCAGCAUUCCUCCUGACACAGCUCAGUCAGCAUGGGGUGACCACAGCGCUCAAGGGAGAGGAGAUCCUGCCGGCAGUGAUGAACGCGCUGACGGCACCUGCUGAGGACGUGGAACGGGGCUUUGCUGCCUCGGAGCUGUGGAGCGUUGUAUGGCAAAGUGUUGCUGCGGUGCUUCAUGUGGGCAGUGAGAAUGCAGCACUGGAAGGAGAUAGCCUGGGAGCAGGCCACCCCAUGGCAGAGCUGGACUGGAACCUCCUCUCCCCUCAAGGCACCCUGCUCUUCCUCAGUCUGGCCCUCUUCGUCUUCACCUGUGAGUCGCACCACUGCCUGCCUCAGCUCGCCCAGCCCUGCAGUGUCCUCAUGGAGACACUGAAGACGCUGCUGUCCCCCAGCUUCCUGGCAAACCUGGCGCAGACACAAGUGGGGGAGAACGGGGACCCUGAGCUUGUCCCAGCUGUGGUGCUCCAGGCCUGCCAGCUCCUCUGUUUCCCUUUUGCUGUGGAUGUGGAUGAAGACACAUUGGCAUCAAUCACGAAGGUUGUGAGAGACUCCCAGAUCCCUGUUCACCUGCUGCAGGCCUGCUGUCAUCAUCUGCCCCUCUCGGAUACAGAGCUCCCCAUGAGCCUCUUGUGCCACCUCGUUGUGUCUGAUGAGCAGGUCAUAGACCAAGCUGUGAGGGAGGCUGCGGCCUCGGAGCACGUCAUUGCCUUCUUGACAACCGUCUUGUUUUCAGACAACCGAACGCUCACAGCCGACCUCCUGUCCCUCUUGACCCACGUGGCCCGGGUCUGUGCGGAGCACCUACCCUUUCUCCAAAGGAUCCUGGGGGGCUCAGACAUGGCCUACCAGCCACUGACCCACCUGCUUGGCCAUUGGGAACAUACCAUACGUGCCAAAACCUGCCAUCUGCUGGGCAACCUGCUCCGACACAACCACAGCUUUCCCCAGGCGCUGCAGAGCCAGCUUGGCCUGCUGGAGAGCCUGCUGGAGUGCCUGGCGGACCAGGACGAGAAUGUGCGCAAGGCAGCCAGUUUUGCAGUGGGCAAUGCUGCUUACCACAAGUCCUCCCCAGCUGAGACCCUGGGCAGGGCCAUACCCAGGCUGACAAGACUCUUGAGCGAUGCGCAGACCAAGACGCGCUGCAACGCAGCCUCAGCCCUGGGCAACCUGGGCCGGCACUCGCCAGAGCUGGGGAACCUGCUGAUCCAGAGCAAGGCCCCCCACAUCCUGCUGGAGGUGGCCUGCCGGGACCCUCAAGCAAGCGUGCGGGAAGGAGCCCUUGUUGCACUGCGGGCCAUCAGCCAGCACCCAGGGAUACAGCAGGUGCUACUGUCCCUCAGAGCCAGUGAGAAGCUGGCUGCGCUGGCCAGCAGGGACUCUCAGCCCACUGCUGGUGGCAGCCCGCGGCCUUCUUCCACUCGACUCUGCAAGAAGCUCAUCCAGCUCCUUGCACCUGUGCACAGUACCUGAGAAAGCCAGCGCUGAGUAG